UGACUCUGUUUCAUGGGUCAGUGCAGAAAACUUAUGGAUUUUGGGCAGAUAUAUGGUUCACCUAUCAUUUGAAGAAGUUACGAAAAUUAGUCCUGUAGAAAUUGGGCUGUUUAUCAGCUAUGACAAUGCCACCAAGCAGCUGGACACAGUUUAUGACAUCACCCCUGACCUGGCCCAGGCGUUUCUGGAGAGGAUCAGCUCCUCCAGCUUUGACAUGAGGAAUACCUCCACCAUCCACAGGCUGGGGCUGCUGGUCUGUUUCUACCAUGACCUGGAUUUGCUGGAUGCCGCAGUGGCUCAAGUCCUCCUUCACCAGAUGAUCAAGUGCAGCCAUCUGAGGGGCUUCCAGGCUGGGGUUCAGAAGGUGCGGAUGGGGCAGGCUGGGGAAAUGGCUGGAGAAUUGGGGAGCACAGUCCUGCCUGGCCUUCGAGAAAAAAUAUGUGGGGUUAAUCGGGAUCUGGGUCCACCCACAGCAGAUGGCAUCCCAUCCCAAAUCCUGGGAUGAGCUUCAACAGU